UUUCCCUUCUUUCUUUUAUGCCUUUUCUGGAGAACCCCUCUCUCUCACUCUCGAUUCGAACUCGCUCUCUGUAAUUCAGAUUACAGCACAGAUUAUAAUGAGUUCGGGAUCCUUUUUCAAGGUGUUGCUGAAAAAUUUCGACGUUCUUGCAGGGCCUUUGGUCACACUAGUUUACCCUUUGUAUGCUUCAGUAAAGGCAAUAGAAAGUAAAUCUCAUGUAGAUGAUCAGCAAUGGCUCACUGACUGGGUGUUGUAUUCCCUAAUCACACUUUUUGAGCUUACGUUUGUGAAAGUCUUAGAAUGGCGGAGAGGUCAUCGAAAUCAAGAAACAACAACCGCACUGCAACUGAAGUUUGGUCUGAUAAAGAAACCAAGAUCUGGAGAGGCGGCAAUAGUUCGUUCUAUGAUGAUUAUCACGAUUAUUGAUGUUUGAAAGUUUUCGCUCAUAAGCUUGCGGCUUUUGAUUUAACACGGUACAAAACGAAAAACUUUUUUAACUGUUUAGCUCUAGCAAUUUAGUUACAGUAAGGUUUCAUAUUAUGCAUAGAAACAAAUUUGAUGAUGAAGUAGAAGGUUGUGUUCUUCAUUUGUGCUGUGUAUAGUCAUGUUUCUUAAUGUUCAGACCAAGUUCUUAUCUCCAAAAUUAUCCAUGUUUUAGUGGUUGUGAACUUGCUCAUUGGGCUUA